AUGGCCCUUGUGCCACUCCUUGGUGCCGCAGGCGUGAAGGCUUUGCCCCAGGCAACAAGCACAGCUGUUCCAACUCCGACGAGCUCUGGUCCUGCUGUUACAGCAUCGGGAAACCCAUUCGAGGGAUACCAGCAAUACGCCAACCCCUACUAUAGCUCUGAGGUUAUCAGCUUGGCUGUCCCCUCCAUGACAGGCUCCCUGGCGGCGCAGGCGUCUGCGGCUGCUGAUAUUCCGUCGUUCCACUGGAUGGAUACACUGGACAAGGUCCCAACCAUGGGUGAAUACUUGGCGGACAUCAAGGAGCAGAACGAUGCUGGAGCGUCGCCCCCGCUUGCCGGUAUUUUUGUCGUCUAUGACCUUCCCGACCGUGACUGUGCUGCAUUGGCCAGUAACGGAGAACUCUCCAUUGCCGACGGUGGUGUCGAGAAGUACAAGGGCUACAUUGACUCCAUCCGCGAGCAUAUCGUGACGUACUCAGACACGAACAUCCUCCUCGUCAUCGAGCCUGACAGCCUGGCCAACUUGGUGACCAACUUGGACGUUGAGAAGUGUGCCAAUGCCCAGGAUGCUUACCUCGAGUGCACCAACUACGCCAUCACUCAAUUGGAUCUUCCCAACGUGUCCAUGUACCUUGAUGCCGGUCACGCUGGAUGGUUGGGCUGGCCCGCCAACAUCGGCCCGGCAGCCGAGCUCUAUGCAGGCGUGUACAAGAACGCUUCGUCCCCGGCGUCACUCCGUGGCUUGGCCACCAACGUUGCUAACUACAACGCCUUCUCCAUCGACACCUGCCCCUCCUACACCACGGAGAACGAAAUUUGUGACGAGAAGAGCUACAUCAACAACCUCGCCCCUCAGCUAUCUGCUGCAGGAUGGGAUGCCCACUUCAUCGUCGACACUGGCCGUAGCGGCAAACAGCCCACUGGCCAGAUCGAAUGGGGUGAUUGGUGUAACUCAAAGGGAACCGGCUUUGGUGCCCGCCCAAGCACAGAGACUGGUGACGAGUUGGUCGACGCCUUCGUUUGGGUCAAGCCUGGUGGUGAGAGCGAUGGCACUUCUGACACCAGCGCUGAACGCUACGAUGCCCACUGCGGUGCCGAAGCUGCUCUCCAGCCUGCUCCUGAGGCCGGUACCUGGUUCCAGGCCUAUUUCGAGCAGCUUGUGGAGAACGCCAACCCUCCUCUUAGCAGCUAG